UUUCAAAUUACUCAAUAUAAUUUUAUAUAAUGUUUUUCUUUAUUUAGACUUUAUCUUCAAACUCUUUCAGUUUAGAAAUUGCAUUCAUAUAUCUUUGUUAUACUCUUUCCUAAUUCUCAUAUUUUUUUGAAUUUAAAGGGAUGGAUCCGAAUGAUAGACCCAUUUACAGGGUGAGAUCAGUUUCAGUUACGGAUGUCUUUUCUGGAUCAUCUACUAAUAUGAGUCCAUUUAACCCCACCGGGUUCCGAAAUAUGCCAUUAACUCAAACAGAUAUGUAUGAAUUGUCAAAAAUCUCAAGUUUAAUACAAGCCAAAUAUCCUCACUAUAGCUCCAAUCAAAUCAGUGAAAUGGCAAUGGAUACCUGGCAAAGGUUAAAAAACCAACCAGAUCCUUACAUUCGACAAAGCAUAUUGAAUCAGCUAAUGGAGGGACCUGUCGAGAUGACCGAUGAUAUGACAGAAGUUUCUCAAGAAAUUAUGAAUGCCGUACUCGCCAUUAGAGAGGGAAUUACUAAACUUAGAAGCACAGCAGAAGAUAUUAAGUUAAUUGGAGCAGCUAUAUCCUCGAUUCCUUCUCCAGAUCUUGAGAAAAUACAGAAAGAGACAGAUAAGAUGGAGCAUAUUAAACAACAAAAUUCUAAAUUGGUUGCGAAAGUCAAGGCCUCGGAAACAAAAUUAGCGAAAGCUAAAUCGAAAGAAAAAUUGGUGAAAGCUAAAUCUAAAGAAAAAUUGGCGAAAGCUAAAUCCAAAGAAAAAUUAGCGAAAAAAGAUAAAAAAGAAACGAAAAAGGGUAGCAAGAAAGAUGAAAAGAAAAAGAAAUCGAAGAAGGGAUCUGAGUCGGAAGAACCUUCCGAAAGCGAGGUUUCCGAAACAGAGAAAGAUGAAUCAGAAUCAGAGGGCUCUGAUACUGAAGACUCGGCCAGUAAAGGAAGCGAAAAGAAGAAAAAAGGCAGCAAAGAUAAAGAUAAAAAAGAUAAAGAUAAAGACAAAGACAAAGAUAAAGAGAAAGAGAAAGAGAAAGAGAAAGAGAAAGAGAAAGAGAAAGAGAAAGACGUAAAGGAUAAAGAUGCCUCAAAAGAUAAAGGUCUUUCACCGCCACCUAGACCAAUCCUGAGUUCUCCUAGAGCACCACCUCCACCAACUGGACCAGGAGCCCCACCUGGGCAGAGCUUACCUAGAGGACCACCUCAAGCUCCUCCUCAACCUGGACAAGCACCUCCAAGACCAGCCCCAGGUGCCGUAGGAAGUCCCAGACCAGGUCCAAUUGGAGCUCCACCUGGGCCUCCGAGAGGUUUAGGAAGUCCCAGACCUGGGCCACCGGGGCCUCCAGGAGCUUUGGGAGGUCCCAGAUUAGCGCCACCUGGACCACCGGGAGCUGUAGGAAGUCCAAGACCCGGUCCACCUGGAGCCCCACCAAGACCCCCGGGAGUUGGAAUACCAGGACCACCUGGUCCACCAGGUACUAGACUGCCAGGCGCACCUGGAGCCCCUCCUGGAGCCCCACCUGGGGGCCCUCCAAGACCUCCAGGAGCUGGAAUGCCCGGGCCACCCGGCCCACCUGGUGCAAGACUACCAGGAACACCUGGAGGCCCACCCAGACCUCCAGGAACUGGAAUGCCGGGACCACCUGGUCCACCAGAUGCUAGAAUGCCCGCUACAGUUGGAGGCCCUACUGGUCAACCUCCACCAGGAACAAGAAUUCCAGGCCCGCCUGGAGCCCCACCAGGUCCACCAGGUGCAAGAAUGCCAGGGCCUCCUGGAGCCCCUCCUGGUCCUCCAGGCUCAAGAAUUCCUGGCCCACCUGGCGCACCCGGAGCUGCACCACCUAUGGCUAGACCAGCUGGCCCACCUCUUCCACCUGGCGCUCCCAUGGCUAGGGCACCCGGACCACCUGGACCACCCGCACCACCUGGCGCACCUAUGGCUAGACCUCCAGGACCACCUGGACCACCAGGAGCUUUGGCAAGACCAGGAGGCCCCCCUGGACCACCAGGACCACCAGGAGCUUUGGCAAGGCCAGGAGGCCCCCCUGGACCUCCUGGGGGACCACCUCCUGGAAUGAGACCCGGAAUGGCUCCUCCUAGAAUGCCAGGACCACCUGCGGGCCCACCAGGAGCCCCACCAGGAAUGAGGCCACCUCCUGGAGCUGUGAGAGGUCCGCCACCCCCAGCUGUCAGGCCUUAGAACUGUUUUCAAAAAGAAUUCCCAAACAUUAUAAUAUUAUAUUUUUAGUUAAUAUUACGAAUUAUUCUUAUUUAAAAUUGUAUUUAUGGAUUAUUUUUAAUGAUUAUAAUUUUAUAAUAAUAAAUUCGUCAUUUAUAUU